CACAACAAUGCCUAAGCGACCAAUCCAGCUGCUGCAUUGAUUUUUCCUCUCUGUUCUUGGUUCGUAGUUACCGUUCCUCAAGGGUACCAGCCAAGCAAGGUAACAGCACCUAAAUAUGGCAUCGUUUCCAGAUAUGUUGGCUUCGACUUGUCCAUCUUUCAUCAACAUCGAAACCCAAAAAAGAAAGAACUCACUACAACAAAGAGGCGCAGAUUACUAUCUUGUAUCUGCUUGGGGAAACCGUGUACUUGUCGGUACCUCAAUACCACGUGGGACAAAAAACCUCAUUUACUUUGCAAAUCGAGACUUCAUCAUUCGGUACUCAAACAUCUAUCACUUGGGCCGUAAAUUCAGAUGGAGCAAAUGUGAAGAUUUCAGGAACUGGAUCAACACUCUUAUAAAUAGUGUUCCAAAAUUCAUCCAACCUCGUAUGCGGUCAAUCCAUCAACUAGAACCACCGAAUGCAUCAUUUGGGAAAACCCAAUGCUGGUUGUUGAAAGAUAUCUACAUAGCUGAUGGAGGGAAAUGCUUGGUAACACUAUGGCAUUUAAUACAACCCCUGAAAAGAAAACAUUACACUAUAACACAUCGAUUGACUUCUUUUGGUAUCUCAUGCAGAAAUUUCCGAAAUUCUUUCAUCCAUCAGUGCUUGCACCAGCACAUGGAGUUGCUGCUAUCUACAGUGGCGUCUUGGUUUACUAUGUCAGGAUCGACAAUCACGAACUCACCUUGGGUUGGUAUGACAUAGUUGCUGACCACAAAUUCAGAGGCGACUACACCAUAUUAUUGGCCUCGGUAGGUCAUCUGCUGUUUGACCUAUAUGUUUUCGACGAGGAAGGAUGCCAGGUUAAAUACCCAUGGACAACCACUGCAACUAUUAAUCAUCCAAAUGCACCUCCUAAUUGGGAUCCCAUUGAAGCCCACAAUUACGCCACUGGUUGUAAGUUUUAGAAUACCAGUACAGCCCCAAAUUUACA